GUCAUCCGCAUCAUAGUCUCUGUGCCGAUUCCAUCCCCAAUUUUCAUCGCAAAGAAACAUUCGUCCAACACAUCGUCAGCUACCUCCGUGUGGUGAUUCUAUAUACGCCCUUCUAACUCAAGAGCAUGGCACGAGGUGAAAGAAUUGCGAUGGUCACGGUGGCCCUCAUGCUGUUUGGCCUGUCCGCCCUAGUGAACGGAGCCAAUGCUGAAAACCUUUUUCCUACUUACCCGGACGAUGGCAACAUGGAGGAGGAAGCUCGCUACGGAGUUAUUUCGCUGACCGGAGCGACUUCCAACUCGACGCUCAACCUGAGCGGCAUCGUCUUGUUGGGCAUGUCCUUAUCGGCGGCCGUCUGCAUUUGGGCUUACACGCAUAACUUAUUGGACAGCACAUCACGCGGCCGUAGCCACUUGCUCAAGCGAUCGUUGAACGACGACGGGACUGAAUCGUUGUCGUUGAUGCUCAGUAACAUGCAUCGCAGCUUCGAGCGCGCCCAAGUUUACGAGCCAGCUUGCCGCCAGAGAAUCAUCUGUGAGAUCGGCGCUGGCCAUAAGAUGCCGGCCACAUUCCCGGAAAAGAGCUUCGGACACUCGGUCGAUUCUUUCUUCGGCUCGGCUGACGCUCACGAAGCGCUAACUGAACGCUUGGAGAACCACAAACGGGCGAAAACUUACCUGAUGGCCUGGAACGAGGGCAAGGGAGGAAAAGUUUGCAAAGCUGCCUACGACCAAUGUUCCAUGACUAAGGGCAGCAUAGAGAAAUUCAUCCAAUCGUCGGAAUAACAACGAACCGCUCCAACACAAAACAAAUCAAAUUACCAAUUAUAACAAGAUAGACGCCCUUUUUAAUUAUUUAAUAACUGAAUCUUUUUCUUCCAGUGUUUUCCCUCUAUUUAUAAAAUGAACGAUUGUAGACGCGACAUAAAAAAAAAAAAAAAACAGAAACAGCUGUACAUAUUCAAAAAAUGAUUUCCAGCUAUACUUUGAAGUAAUUCGUGUUCAAGUGUGACUGCCCUUCAUUCAGGUACUGGGAAGAUACUUGAGUGAUUGUCACUCGACACUUUGUCUCGACUCUCUAACUCAUUUUGCUUUCACACUUGUUAUGAUGACUCAUUCUUAUUUUAUUAUAUCGACUCUUUGUCGUCAGUUUAAUUAAUUCAAUAAUAACUUAUACUAUUUAAUUUAUAUGAUAAACUAUCAUCCGGUAUAUGUGUAGCAAUAAGAAACUGUGAAAGGCCACGAUCUCUGUACAGUAUUGAUUUCAAACGGGAAUUUUGAUCUUGUCUCCUAUGUGUGCUAAUUGCUAUUUGUUGUGUCUCUUAAUAACUUAUAAAAAUAAUAAAAUUAUGCCUUAACCAUUAAUAAAUAUUGAUC